AUGAGUGUGACCGAAUCCUGGGGUUAUGGGACACUGUUGCGGACGUUCUUGUGGGGAUACCUCAUUGGAGGAUUGACCUUGCUGCCGGCCGUUGCUGCCUUCGCAUGGUACUGGGCUACAACACACACCGAUGCGAAGCCUCUCGAAGAGCCUCCGAACCACCUCGUAGAUCAGACAAAGCGCAGGAGGUCGAACGGAUCGACCAAAGAGGGCAGGGAUGAAUACCUCAAGAGUCUGGGAGUGGGUUUGGACGAGCAGAUCCUGGAGGGACUGAAGCGCAGGACCCACGAGGCAGAUGUAUUUGCUGGCUAUUUCGCGGUCUGCCGCGAGUACGUACCCGGUGGUGUGAAUGGCAAGCCGCCAGAGCGCACGACCCCAGCCGGUGCUAUAGUCGCCAUGGAGAGCCCAAGCAUCUACCAGUCGAUGUACAGCAACAUCUUCAACAGAAACAAGACGAUGAGUCCGUCAUUGGAUGCUCCGAAUACGAAGACAAAGAAGGCCCGUAAUGUCUUCUACGUUGUCCUGAGACUCGGCCACCUGAUGCUCUACGACAACGAGGACCAGCUCGAUGUGCGCCAUGUAAUAUCGCUCGCGCGCUACGAAGUCGACGUCUACGCUGGCGGUGAGCGUAUACCAGAAGGGGAGCUCUGGAUUAAACGCAACUGCAUUCGGUUGGACCAGAAACUCGAGAGCGAUCCAGAGGCCGAAGCGAAGUCGUUCUACCUGUUCUCUGACAAUUGUUCUGAGAAAGAAGACUUCUACCAUGCCAUGCUUCAAGCCAAGGACCAUCACCAGGACCAUGCCAACCGGCAAUGUCCGGUUCCUAUCAAAUUCGAAACACCAGACCUCGUCAAGCUUGUCCAGCAGUUGCACGCAAACGAAGAAAACCUGCAUACACGUUGGAUCAAUGCGCUCAUAGGUCGAGUCUUCCUUGCGCUUUACAAGACACCCGAGAUCAAAAAUUUCAUAGCGACGAAAGUCACGAAGAAGAUCGCCCGCGUACCAAAGCCCGCUCUGAUCAGCAGCGUGCAGCUACGCAAGAUCGAUAUGGGAACCUUGCCGCCUUUCAUCACGAAUCCGAGAUUGAAAGAGCUUACUGUCGACGGCGAUCUUAUUGUCGAGGCCGACGUGAGCUACAAGGGCAAUUUUCGUAUAGAGAUUGAAGCCACUGCGAGAAUCGAUUUGGGGCAGAGAUUCAAGGCUCGUGAGGUCACACUAGUACUCGGCUGUUUUCUGAAGCGGCUGGAAGGCCACUUGCUUCUACGCAUCAAGCCACCCCCAAGUAAUCGCCUGUGGAUGACGUUUGAGACUCCGCCACGCCUUGAGUUGUCGGUCGAACCUGUCGUCAGCUCACGGCAGAUCACAUAUGGGCCCAUCCUCAGGGCAAUAGAGAGUCGCAUCAAGGAAGUGUUGAACGAGACAUUGGUGUCACCGAACUGGGAUGACAUGCCUUUCAUGGACACCGUUGCGCAGACUAUCAGGGGAGGCAUCUGGGAGGGCAUAGCGAAGGAUGAAGUCGAGCUCGAUGUGAAAGUUGAUGAGUUCGCCGGCCUGGACACUGCAUCUGUCGAGACUGAGAAGCUCGACACUGGGUCUAUACAUUCUCACUUGUCCGUGCCUUCGAGCGUGGACCUGGAAGAGGUCGGGCUGGGCGUGACUUCCGGCACCGACUUGAGGUCACUUCCGGUGAAGGCACGCUCGUUGCGUUCCACGCCUUCUGUUAAGUUAGGGUCCAAGAACGCAUCUACGGAGACGCUUGAGCCAAGUUUGAAGUCAACACCGCACAUCAUACCGCUGAAUUCGCCACUGCGAUCUAAUGCUUCUGACUUUGCAUCCAUAUCUCCGGACAGAAGCGCAGAAGACGAAUCUACACCCACACUUUGGUCGAAAUCUUCGCACUCGGCACCGAAUCUACCAACAGAAACAGAUCACUCUCGAUCGAAGUCCAAGGAAGAUUUGACCCCGGAGCAGAUCGCUGCUGCCUUUGCGGCAGCGCACAGUGCCCAAACGUCCACAGCAAAAAAGCAGACCCUCAAUCAGUCUUUCAAUGCCGCCGCCGGGGCUGCAAGGAACUGGCUCGCCGCGAAACAGACUCAAGGGCAAAUCCACCGCAAGAAGAGCAGUGUGGAUAGCACACAUCUGCCAAUUGGUGUGCACAUCCGUGAUGGGCAGUUUCACGACGGGGAGGCACCUGUACCGGUAGGAGCAUCAUCCUUAUCUCAGCCUCCCACGAAAUCUCACACAGAGCCCAUGGGCCGUGGCCAGCCCUUGCCACCUCCCGGAACCCCUUUGCCUCCACCUCCAGGCAAGCAGAAGGCAUGGGGUGUCCCGAUUCAGGCAGCAUCGGCAUUGGCAAACCUCGCGAAGCGCAAGCCGGUUAGCGGCGGGCCAGCUGCUAGCAUGGCUUCUUCAGAAAAGAAAGACUUUGAAAGACCGGGUACAUCACAGUCGUCCACAAACAGCAGUCUGUACCAGUUACAACAGCACGAUGAUCACGACUCUCACACAUCCGCUAACGGGCGAGAAAGGGGUGUGCCACGCAGGAAGUCCUCGUCAGCGAGUACAACGGGCCAAAAUUCUCCGACUCUGCCUAAGAGAAGGCAAAGACAGCUCAGUGAAAGCCAGCACUCGAACUCAUCUAUCCGGCACAGUACGUACCACGAUGGGGCUGGGGAAGAGGUCUUUAUAGUAGAGGCACCAUUGGCGGAGGUCAGUGCGCCACCCAGUCCAGCGGCUGGAGUGAGCAAGCAGCUUAGGGAAGGUAAGGCGAGCGAUGAAUCCACAGGGAAAGUAUCGAAAGGGUCGAGUCUGCGGUCCAUGAAAGCUGAGGAUGAAGUUGGACACGGCACGUUUCCAUUUGCAUAGACACACUGCAUAUAUCAACAAUCCAAGCAUGUUGCAUAGCAAGUGUCAGCUCAUUGUCCAAAGACCGCCGCUAUCGGACUCGAGAAGUCACACAUUUUUGACGGAAGCGGUUCUUCGAUGCCUGGCAAUGGAGUCUAUUUUCCUGACAAAAGGUUUCAUCAGCUCAGGUAGCGAGGGCUCCUACUUAGCUUGCCAGUCGGCCAUGGUGGCGGACGCGUCAACUCGGCCCUUCCGAGAACUACAUGUCAGUGUGAGGCUGCGUUCAUUUUAUGUUAUACUGGCUAUGCCGGUGAGUGUGGGCCACAGCAGAGCAUCUCUUCCCGUAGUAAGCGACAGCCUCGUAUCCAACGGCAACGGCUUCGCACACAAUCUGCGAUGCCUCAAGCGCAGUUUGAUCGACGACGCAAUCAACUGGUAAUUCCCCAAUGCCUCAGCUAUCAUUAAACGCAUGUUGGCCUAUGACGUUAUCUAUGACU